AUGUUUGGUCCUCUCUCUGUUCCCCUGCAGGUAUGGAAGGACACGGAGGAGGCGGAGAUGUGGUACACGGGCCUGUGUGCUCUGGUGGAGAGGAACCGGCGGCCCAAAUCAGAGCGCCUAGGGCUGAGCCACCGGCGAUCCGCGUCCAUGACCCUGGAUGAGCUUCGAGAGUGGUCUCCCGACAUGUCCCCCUUCCGACAGAGAGUAGAGUCAUCCCCGCCUGUGGAACCCAAUGAAAGCGGCAGCCUUGCCGACUUUCGAAGCCCCCCUGAGAGCAGAGGCACAGGGGGUGGCGUGGGCAUGGGCAUGGACACAGGCACAGGAGCAGAAGCAGGAGCAGCAGGAGGAACAGGCAUGAAUUUCUCAAGGUCGGCGCAUGACAUGUCAUCUCUGCACGAGAGCAUUCUUGGUAGAGGUUCGCUGUUUCCCGGGAGCACAAACAAUGGAGCAGGGGGGUCUACAGCUUCUGGUUCUUCCCGGACGUUUCCUGGAAGCUGCAGCACGAACCAGCCGUGCAGCGAAGCAGGGACGGAUGUCAGUGACUUGGACGAUUUCUCAGACACGCUGUCUAUCGGGGGGGUUUCUGUGCAGUCCCUACCUCCUUCCACCACCAUCACCACCACCGUCACCACCACCAUUGCUACCAAUUCGCCCUCCAUCCCCUCCUCUACCUCUGCCACAGCCACCACCGCUACUGCAGGAAAUACCAGUGCUGCUGCCAAUGCUAGUACUUCUUCUAGCCCUGCCGGGACCAACUUUCCGUAUGUAGCAGCACCGCCCCCCGGUCACAGCACCAUCAUUCCCUCUACUCGGUCAGCCGAUCGGGCUGAACUACUCCCCGGGCUGCCCGUGAAAAGUUUUUACAGUGCGUCGAGCGACGGGUCUGGGUAUUUACCCAGUGCCACGAGCAGCAGUACAGGGGAUGAUGGGAGUGAGGUUCUGGGGGAUUUGUUUAUGUGGGGAGAAGGGUUGGGGGAUGGGGCGUUAGGAGGGGGUGGAUUGAGGAAACGUGGGACGAGCAGCGCGAUUCCGAUACCUGGAUUUGAUUCGGUGGCGCCGAAACCGUUGGAUGCUGGAGUGGUGCUGGAUGUGUGCCACGUGGCAUGUGGGGAGGGGCAUGCAGCGCUGGUGACAAGGCGAGGGGAGGUGUUCUGCUGGGGGGAGGAGGGAGGGGGGAGGCUGGGGCAGGGGCGUGAGAGAGACUUGGAACACCCGAAGCUGGUGGAGGGUUUGGAUGGUAUCCCUAUGGAUGAGGUCGCCUGUGGCAGUUUCGUCACACUCGCUCUCUCCAGAGCAGGGGAGGCAUUUCUCUGGGGGGACGGCCGCAAGGGCAGGGGCCUUCUGGGGGAGGGCGGAUACGAGGACAUGCCCCAGUGGGUGCCCAGGCGUGUGGGUGGAGCCCUGGACGGGGUCAUUAUCUCAUCGCCCAAGGAGGUGGAGUCGCUUCGAGGCAUGCGGGUCUCCCGCGUUGCCUGCGGCGUGUGGCACACAGCAGCAGUCGUGCACGCCCCCACCACUGCAAGCAACCCUUUCCCCCUUACCUCCUGUUGCCCCCCUCAAACACUCCAAUGCAGCAUUGUCUCAUCGCCCAAGGAGGUGGAGUCGCUUCGGGACAUGCGGGUGUCACGAGUUGCCUGCGGCGUGUGGCACACAGCAGCAGUCGUGCACGCUCCCGCCACUGCAAGCACCCUUCCCAGCACUGCAAGCUCAGGCGUCACUACAGCAAGCGACGGUGCAGCAACAUCCUCAGCAGUAACGAGUGAAGGCGAUUCCGCAGCAGCAGGCGCAGCAGUAGUAGCAGGAGGAACAGGAGCGGGAGCAGGGGGGGCAGUGGGAGUAGGGGGAGCGGCAGGAGCAGGGGGAUUAGCUGGGGUAGGCUCGGCAGGGGGCGUGACAGCAGGGGGGGUAGCCGGGCCGUUUGAAGGCGGGAGGCUGUACACAUGGGGUGAUGGAGAUAGCCAUGAUGCCAUCCCUCCCAUGAUGCCAUCUCCCCCCCUGCCAUCCAUACCUCCCCUUGCUCCCCACACCCUGCACCCCAUUCCCUUCUCCCCUGGCAGUAGCAUGCGGGCAGGAGAUCACAGUAGCGCUCACGCCAUCAGGCCAUGUGUGGCAUGCGGGCAGGACAUCACAGUAGCGCUCACACCAUCAGGCCAUGUGUAUGCCAUGGGGUCAGCAGCUCAUGGACAGCUGGGUAACCCCCAGGCAGACGGCCACACCCCAGCCCUUGUGUCUGGGCCCCCACUAUUUAAGCAGGUCGAGCAGAUAGCAUGCGGCACACACCACACAGCAGCCCUAACGGCCGCAUCGGAUCUCUUCACAUGGGGCCAGGGCAGUCACGGGCAGUUGGGGCAUGGGGACGUGAGGGACAAGGAGACCCCCACGAGGGUUGAAGCCGUUAAAGACCAGCGCGUGCUGUCGCCAGCACGGCAGUGGUGUGUCAGCAUCGGCACGCACAGGGCUCAGACCACCACCACUGCACGCUCUGCCGCCAGGCUUUCUCCUUUGCCCGCAUCCGCCACCACUGCUACAACUGCUCCCUCCCCGUCUGCCACGCCUGCAGCCCCCGCAAGCUACUCGGGGCAGCCAUGGCCCCCACCCCUACCCGUCCCUACCGUGUUGGAGCCUUGGGAUUGGAGGCAGCAGGGGGGUGCGGUGGGGAGCGGUGAGGCGCGGUGGAGGAAGGCGAAGGAGGAAGCAGACAAGGAGAUUCAGAGACUGAGAGAAGAGCUACGAGCAGUGCAAACGAGGAGUGCGGAGGUGGAGAGGGAACGGCAGGCAGAGAGGCGGCUGGCGGGCAAGCAGGUGGAGGCAGCCUUCUCAGCUGCCAGCAGGGCUGCUGCUCGUGCUGCUGGCGCUCGUGACGUCAUCCAACUGCUCUCUCAGCAGCUCACCACUCUCUCUCAAGCUCUCCCUCAGGGCAGCACCAAGCAAGUCAGCCUCGCAGUGACCUCCCUGCCAGCUGCUGUGGUUUACACAGGCCCGCUCCUCUCCUCCACCUCCAUCCCUCCAACCCUAACGGAGCUCCCACCUCAGCAAGUCACCAGCACUGCCGCUGGGUUGGCUUCAGGACAGGCAGUAGCUGAAGGGGGGGCAUGUGGGGAGGGGCCACGUGGGGAGGAGACAUGUGGGGAGGGGUUAUGUGGGGAAGAGGCACGCGGGGAGGCAGCUGGUGGGGGUGAUUGGGUGGGUGCUACUAGUGGCUCUGCUCCAUCCACUGAUAUGGCAGGUGCCAAUGGCAGCAGCAUAGGGACUGAGGAGAUGAUACGGAAAGAUGAAGCACAAAAGCAGCGAGGAGACGGGGAUGGGGAGAGCGAGAACGAGAACACUUCAGACUCUUCAUACCUCUCAUCUCAGUCAGUGCCUCCUCCCUCGGACUCCUCAAACAUCUCUAAACCCACCAGAAAAUCCACCAAGUCUUGGUCAUUCCGAAGCGCUGUGGGCAUGCCUUGGAGCCCUGCAAGCGGAUCAGAUGAAAACAUUGACUCUCCCAGAUCUCAGUGGUUCGGGCAGGUGAAUAGAGGCACUGGUAAAUCAGGCUUGGGGGGUCCUUCUGAGGCAGCUGUGGGGGGUACAGGGCAGAGGCCUGCUGAUUGGGUUGCAGCAGGAGAGGAGGAUUUACAUGGCGAUGCUUUAGCUGAUGUGGCUGAAGGGGAGGAUGAGGAGGCAGAGGAGAGGUAUGGUGGUAGUAGAGAAGGUUCGGAGGGAGAAAGGGAGACAGGAAUGGGAGAGGUGGGUGAGGAGGAGGGUCGGGAGGAAGCAGGUGGAGGAGAGGAGGAGGAACGGACGGAUGGGAUGGAUGGGUUGGGAGCUGCGAGCAAGCAGGUGGGCUCUGAUGCUACUUCCGGGAAAGGGGCUGCUGAAAGGGGAACUGUUGUUGUUCCUAAGAAGGUGACUAGCAUUGGCAUUCCGCCUGUGUGGAACGGGAUUUGUGAAAUGACCCCAAGACCACAGCGGUCUGCUAGCAGGUUUGCAGUGAGUAGAGGGGACAGUGGGGUUGCUGCCGCUGCUGUGGUGGGUGGUGAGGGGAGGGGGAACGGGCAACUGCGUGCCGAUGGGUUGGAAGGGAAUGGGCCGAUGCGAGAAGGAGGUGGGGGGUUGGGGGAAGCUUUGUUUGGAAGGGACGCAGAGGAUGGUUAUGAUACGCUACUUGCGGGAUCGGAUUUGGAAGGGAUUGCUGCAGACGCGAAGCCAGAGGAGAUUGCUUCUGUGGGUUAUUUAGAGGAGGGUUGUACGGUUUAUGCCGGACAUGGGGGUUAUGUGCUAGGCCAGCAGCAGUAUGGAGAGGCAGUGAUGGGUGGGGAGGGUAUGGAGGACCGUGUGGGGACAGGUGAGGAGGAGGGUAGCUGUGGCUGGCAGUAUGUGCCGCGUGGGAUGAGCCGGGGCGAGACGGGGAGUGGUGACUGGGACGAGAAUGCUGGGGUUGAGGAGAAUGCUGGGGGGGAGGAGAAUGCUGGGGGGGAGGAGAAUGUGACAGGGGAAGAGAGAGCGUACAUGGAGGGGAGUGCUCCGGGGGAAGAGAAUUGUGGGAGGGAAGCGGGUGCAAGCAGGGAAGAGAGUGCAAGCAGGGAGGAGAGACAUGACAGGAAGCACAGGAGCAGGAAGCUGGGGGAUGGGGAGUGGGUGGAGCAGCCAGAGCCUGGGGUGUACAUGACUCUGGCAAAGCUGCCUGGGGAAGGGACUGAGCUGCGUCGAAUCCGGUUCAGGUAA